AUUUCUUUUUCUUUUCGGCCUUGGACUGCUCCAGGUGGGACACGCCAGGUCGGCGUGUAGAAAACCCCGGGAUAGGUAGAGAUAGGCAGGCAGACGCAACAGGUCGGAACAGGGAGAGAGGCUCGCGGACCCUGCGCCUCCGCGCGGGGGACCACUAAGAAGGUGUCGGCUCUUGGGGGGGGGGGUCAAGAAGAGCUGCCCUGGUGGGUUUCAUUUCAGCUGUGACCCCCGGCGCCACACAGUUCCCGGCCGGGGGGUGCUUUCCACUCCUAGCUGGAAGGGGAGAAGGAAUCAGGAGGAGGGUCCAAGCCUGCUGAUCCGGACGCCGAGGCACGCGCAGGUCCAUCUCCGAGCCGGGGCUCUCACUCUAACCAACUAGUUGUGCAGCCGCGGGGACUGAAGUUUAGAGGAACCGGCCCUUCCUUCCCUUCUAAGAUUAUUGGAGGAGGUAAAGGGUGGCAGGCAUAGCUGAGGCCGGCGACCCCGCCAGGAUGUUGGUGAAGAAGCUUGCAGGGAAAGGAGCGGGACAAGAGCCUGGAUCAGAAGAUCCGCACCCCUCAGGACAACGUUGUGCGGGCACCAUGCCCUCGUGCGCUGCCCUAGCGACCCUCCUGUCAGUGGUUGCUGUGGCUUUUUGUCUGUAUCUUGGGGUGAAAACCAUCGAUCUCCAGGCUAGGAUUGCCGCUCUUGAAUCUGCUAAAGGGACUCCUUCCUUCCGUCCGCUGCCUGACACCAUGGAUGAGCUGAAGGCAAUGGUUCAGGAGAAAGUGGAGCAUCUCUUGGCUCAGAGAUCCUACGAACACAUGGCUAAAAUAAGAAUCGCAAGAGAGGCACCGUCAGAGUGCAACUGCCCAGCAGGUCCUCCAGGGAAACGAGGGAAGAGGGGCCGAAGAGGAGAGUCUGGUCCUCCUGGUCAGCCUGGUCCUCAGGGACCCCCGGGUCCAAAAGGUGAUAAGGGAGAACAAGGUGACCAGGGGCCUCGGAUGGUGUUUCCUAAAAUCAAUCAUGGCUUUCUCUCUGCUGAUCAGCAGCUCAUUAAACGCCGGCUGAUUAAGGGUGACCAAGGACAGGCAGGGCCUCCAGGACCUCCAGGUCCUCCUGGUCCAAGAGGCCCGCCUGGGGACACAGGGAAGGAUGGCCCCCGAGGGAUGCCAGGAGUACCCGGUGAACCAGGAAAACCAGGAGAACAAGGCUUGAUGGGACCUCUGGGGCCUCCAGGACAAAAGGGUUCUAUUGGAGCACCUGGGACCCCAGGCGUGAAUGGCCAAAAGGGUGAGCCUGGGUCACCUGGAACAGCCGGGCAAAGUGGACUGCCAGGACCAAAGGGAGAACCUGGGAAAGAAGGAGAAAAGGGAGAUGCUGGAGAAAAUGGCCCCAAAGGUGAUGCAGGUGAAAAGGGUGACCCUGGAUCAUCUGCUGCAGGAAUUAAGGGAGAACCUGGAGAAUCUGGUCGUCCAGGGCAAAAGGGUGAACCAGGGCUUCCUGGGCUGCCUGGACUUCCGGGAAUAAAGGGAGAACCAGGUUUCAUUGGUCCUCAAGGAGAACCGGGCUUACCAGGGUUACCAGGAACAAAAGGUGAACGUGGGGAGGCAGGCCCUCCUGGAAGAGGCGAACGGGGGGAUCCCGGAGCCCCAGGACCAAAGGGGAAACAAGGUGAAUCAGGAGCUAGAGGCCCAAAGGGGUCAAAGGGUGACCGUGGAGACAAAGGAGACACUGGAGCUUUGGGACCACGGGGUCCACCUGGGCAAAAGGGGGAUCCCGGGGCCACUGAGAUCAUAGACUACAAUGGCAACCUCCACGAGGCCUUACAGAGGAUUACCACCUUAACUGUCACGGGACCCCCUGGACCUCCUGGACCUCAAGGACUACAAGGGCCAAAGGGUGAGCAAGGAUCUCCAGGAAUCCCCGGAGUUGAUGGAGAACAGGGACUCAAAGGCUCAAAGGGAGACGUAGGAGACCCGGGUAUGCCAGGUGAAAAAGGAGGAAUUGGACUGCCAGGAUUGCCGGGUGCCAAUGGAGUGAAAGGAGAGAAGGGAGACUCUGGUUUGCCAGGUCCUCAGGGGCCUUCUAUCAUAGGCCCACCAGGCCCUCCAGGUCCCCACGGCCCACCUGGCCCCAUGGGACCCCAUGGACUUCCCGGACCAAAGGGGGCAUCUGGCUUAGACGGAAAGCCAGGAUCCCGGGGUGCAGAUGGUCCUAUAGGACCCCAUGGCCCUGCAGGUCCCAAAGGAGAAAGAGGAGAAAAAGGCGCUGUGGGAGAGCCUGGACCCAGAGGACCCUAUGGGCUGCCUGGCAAAGAUGGAGAGCCUGGUCUUGAUGGCUUCCCCGGUCCUCAAGGCGAGAAGGGUGACCUUGGAGAAAAGGGAGAAAAGGGAUUCCGUGGCGUUAAGGGGGAAAAGGGGGAGCCAGGCCAGCCUGGCCUGGAUGGGCUGGAUGCUCCUUGCCAAUUGGGACCUGAUGGAUUACCCAUGCCUGGCUGCUGGCAAAAGUGAUGAAUCUAACCUUCCAAGCAUGAAGUUGUGUAUAUAAUGGUCCACCUUUUAUAUUUAUAA